AUGAAUGACACAAGACACCAGUCGCUGUUCUUCGUCAGUCUGCCUGAGUUACAAAAACUCUGUGCCAUUAAGGUUACACUGAGUUCUAAAUUGGCAGAAAAUGAGAUUAGGAAUACACAGAUGAAGAUUUGCAGGCAAUUGUUAUUUCUUCAUCAAGACAUCCUUUCCUCACCUGUCCCUGGAACACUGAAUCAAAUUUCAGUUGUAAUGGCGAUAUCUUUUUACAAAACAGGAAAAUGUCAGGCUUAUGUAGAGAAACAUGGAGCUACAAUUGAGGCUCCAGAGAGAGUUGGCCCAGCCAUCCUUCAACCAUGUCUCUGUUACACACUUAUAACCAGACUUGCCCCCAGCUGGAAUAAGGCUGGUCAUCUGUUGGUACAAGGAAGCAAUUUUUUGUCUCAAAUGGGAAGGCAAAAUGCUGUUGUCAUGGACCUCAAUGUAUCAGAGACCCAACUUUGCAUCAGUGUAGAGGCUUGCACAAUUCGACUACCGCCACCCAAGCUGGAAGACUUUGACAUUUCAGCAAACAUCUUAGAAAUAUUUGACAACAAAAAUACAGUCAUUCAGAGACACUCCAUUUUAAGUAACUGGUGCUAUGUCUUGCCAAGCAUGAAAAUGGGUCAGAUCAUAAGUAUUAGCCAUAUAAUUCCACCAGAGUCUCCUUUUCAUUCAUACAAAGACUUUCAGAUGCACUGGAAGAAUCUGUAUGGGUAUAUCCUUCCAGAGGAUCAUGGAGAGACAAAAAUAUAUUGCAGUGUUUACUUCAAACUGAUAGGGGAACGACUCUUUACAUAUCCUUUAUAUAUAUUUUCUUUUGUGUACCCUUUAAGUUGCAUAAGAAGCCAACCAGUCCAAUAUUUUACUAGAAUAGAUUUAGAAGGUGUGUUAAACUCUUUUGUUUCUGACCUAAAGUCUAAACUUCCUCAUCUAUGUGGAUUUCCAGUAAAAAUGACAAGUAAAGCAUUGUAUGCCACAAAGGAACUCAUCAAACAUCCCAUGCACUUGAAUCAGUUUGGCAACAGCUGUGUGUUUCAGGGAGUAAAUGCCAACCCUGCAAAUCUGACUGGCAAACCGAUAUGCAAGGUAUCUCUGACUCAAGCACCUCCAAGGAGAGAGACUUUGCAGCAGAGGUCUUCACAAGGCAGUUCAAGAAUUAGCCACAGGAUGGAGCUUUUGAUCAGUCAGCCAAAACAAUGUAUUUUCUCAAAUCUCAUUCCAUGUCCAGAGGAUGCUGUUGCUGAGGCCAUGAAGAAAACAGUGCAUAGUAGACAGCAGCAGCGGACUCCAGGAGCAUCAGGGGUACCAGUUCACUCAACUGAAUCCUUAAGAAUGUCUAAGAAUUCAUCUGUGGAUUCUCAAAGGAACAAUGCCACUAGAAUUAUACCUAUUUUCAAAGGAAAGUUGUUGCAAAUGGAUGUAAAGGCCACAAGAGCCAAUGAAGGAAAGAAAAAAGUGAGUGUUUUACAGCAUUCUCCAAAAGUAGUUAGAGAUGUCACCAUGUCUAAAUUAACUGUAUGCAACCCCAGUGUAAAUCAGGUAUACAAACCUGUCCAAAUUGUGUCAUUCAAAAAUCCUACUAAUGGCACUGUUGCUCAGAGAAUGACUGGGAAAGCAAGUGUAAAAAGUGGUAGACCUAUAUGUGACCAGAAAAAAGAAACUGGUAAACAGCUGACAAAUUCUGCUUUUUCUAGUAGCCCAACUUCAGGUAGGAAUUCAAGUAGAGUCAAACCUGAGAAGCUAAAUUCUUCUUCAUUAUCUGCUAGUGACAAAUCAAUGCUUCAGAUAUCAAAUGCCAAUCUAGGUUUGAAAAAACCUGCACUACUCAGUUCUACUACAAAAAAGGCGGGAAAGUUAUCAAAUCAAAACACCACAAGAAUACUUGGGGGAAGUCACAGUUCAAAGAAGGUACAUAUACAGAUUUCUGAGUCAGACAAAGAAAUUGCGAACACCAGCAUAUCACAGCAUCAAACAAAGAGCCCAACUGAAGGAGCAGGGUUAAAUAUUCUCAGAUUGGUUUUAAACAGUACAGUGCACAGAGCCAAAAGAGAAGAACAUCAAAAAUCAUUAAUACCAUCAAAGGAGUAUAUCACCAAGACAACCAAUCACCAUUCACAAGUCAACUAUGAGCAGAAUGUUGACCAGUUAAAGCAAAACAAGGAAUACAAGAAAUCCCUUAUGGCCUGGAUAAAGUAA